AUGUCAGAAAGUACACAAACUUCAAGUUCCGAGCAUAAUGAUACGACUCCGUCAAUGCGAAGAAAAAAAGCCACGAGGGCUUGUUUCCAUUGUCAGAAAGCUCAUUUGACCUGCGACGAUUCUAGACCCUGCCAGCGGUGUAUUAAACGAGAUCUAGCGGCCUCAUGUACUGAUGGUAUUCGCAAAAAGGCAAAGUACUUGCAAGAUUCACAUUAUGAUGUGUAUGAAAUAAUCGAUCAUAAAUUUUAUUACAAUAACUCUACACCGACUCCCAUUGAACAACAAUCUACCAAACAACAAUUUCCACCUACUCCUGUACUUACACAUCCUCCAACGCCUUUGCAACAAACUCACCCCGGACCAUUUACCACAUAUCACGAAAAUACUGCUUCGUCCUCGCUCAUUGACAAUAAUCAACAAUUUAUGCUGACGGUUUUUAUGCAUAAUGGAUUUCAACCAACACCUAGUGAGUAUAUUCAAACUGAUAUAGCGUUCCAUAAUGAUAAUAUUGUGGAUCCUAGUACGUUAUUUGGCCCAGAAAGCUAUUCUCUUGCAACUGUUAACUAUGGUUUCGGAUCUGAGGCCGUGAACCUUGAAUACUCAAUCCUAAGCAAUAUGUUAUCCACGGCUUCUACAGAGUCGUUAGGUCCACAUAACGGUUUCGCAGAUAUUGGUAUGAUCGAUCAGAAUUGGCAACAACCACAGUUACCACGUACGACAAGUCCUGUCAUGACGACAGCUGGUGGUAUGAACGGAGGUAGUACCAGUCAAAAAAGAGAAAGUUCUGGAAAAAAGAAAAUGAGUUCAAAUACACCGGAAAAUGUUUAUGCGAAUGUCAAAGCGCCAUUUUCAUAUACAGAAGGAUUUCAUUAUUUGGUAAAUUGGGUUAAAGAGAGAAUUGUAAGAGCGUUGGCUACAUUUCGGCCAUCGUUUAUUGCACUCAUAAUGAACUUGACUGAAGAAGAUUUGAUCUUCAUGGAAAAAUGUUUCCAGAGAACAAUUUUAGAAUUUGAGAAGCUUAUAAGUUUUUCUGGAACACCAACGGUUGUUUGGCGUCGAACAGGAGAGAUUGCCUUAGUGGGCAAGGAAUUUUUGUUACUAACACAAUGGACUAAAGACCAAUUACUUGGUAAAACAACGUAUAUAUAUGAGGUCAUGGAUAAUCAAUCUGCUGUAGAAUACUGGGAAAAAUUUGCGGCACAUGCAUUUGAUAAUUCAAGACAGUCCGUAAUGACUACAUGCAUUCUUAUGAGACCAUCUGGGAUGCCAGUUCCCUGUGCUUUCUGUUUUACAAUCAAACGAGAUAUAUUUGAUAUUCCGUUAGCUAUUGUAGGAAACUUUUUACCAAUCCUAAGUUGA